AAUUAUUAGUGCACAUAAAUUGAGAGCUUCUCUUAGUUCUUCCCUCACUCUCACUCUCACUCUCCCACUACCUCUUAUCAGUCGAGUACUCCCAUAAACAGAGUCUUUCCAGCCUAAGGGGAGAGACCAUUUUUGUCGACCCUCCACCCUUUCCUAAAAUCUUAGCCAGCUGACUUCCCACUCUUUCUUACAGAUUUCUUCGAAGCAAGAAGACUUUUUUUUUUUUUUUUCUGUCUAGCUAGAAAACUUUUGUAGAAAUCACAAUUUUCCAUUUAGAUGUAGUGGCAUUAAUUCAAUAUUAACAUCUGUUCUAUCGUAUUUUUAAGAGGUACUACUGAUCGAUUGGUUCUCGUGGAGGCGAUUCCAGCUGAAGUUCUUGGCAUGGGGUCUUGGAUAACAAGGAGCGCAAAGGGCUUUCCAUAUUUAUACGGAGUCUUGGAUAAUAUUAAGCUAUUAGCCACCACCCAAAAGAUUCAGAUGAGAUAUUCUAUGUGAAGUUCUUCUGAGUUUUGAGCAUCUGCAUGAUUUCAUCUACCCCAAAGUUUGGCAUCGUCAGAGCUUCAAAGUGACGACUUCUCUUCAUCACUAACAUUCGACACUAAUAGCUUCGUCAAAGUUUAAAAGCGUCUAAAACAGGGCCCGUUUUGGUUACGAACGAAGUUAGAUGAACAUUCAAACUUUUCAGAAGCAGCGAACAAUAGUGUAGAAAAAAUAGUGCUGCCAAUUUUCUAUGGAAUCAAUCCCUCUAAUGUACGACAUCAAACGGGAAGUUUUGCACAUGCGUUUGCAAAACAUGAAGAAAUGUACAAGGAUAAACCGGGAAAAGUAGAAAGGUGGAGAAGUGCUUUAAGGAAAUUAGCAGAUUUUGCUGGGUGGCAUUCAAAGGACUGGAUUCAGAUGUCAGGCCCAAGGUUCACAAUGAGCCUAACACUCGAUCAUCUUCUCAAAGACAACCUAAACCUCUUCAAUCUAGUGUAAAAGCACAACAUAGGUUUCUCAUCCUAGUUCUAAGGUCCUUUGCCAGUACACUCAGUUGUGGUGCUCCGAAAGCCUUACCCCUUUUCUUCUUUGCUACAGCCACUGCUUGGUCUGCUUGUACCAUCACCCAUCUGGUGUUUCAACAAGGCCAAGAAAAUUCGCAGUAAACUUGGAAGAGAAUUUUGGCUGCUUCAACAUCUUUAGAGACAGAUGCAAGUUAAACCUAGUUUCAAUGAGGACUUCAUUGAGGCAGAAUGCGCUGUAACCCUGUUCUUUUUACCAAGAAGAGGUUCCUCCACUGGUACCAAUGCCAAAGCAUCUUCACAGCGAGCUUCAGCACGACACAAAACCACCAUACCCUUGUUCCUUUUGGGGAGCAGUAUCUACUGUAAAUUUGCGCGAAGAAGAACUCAUUCAAGAUGUUGUUAAAGUGAUAUGGAGCAAAUUGCAUCCCUGUACUUCAAAAUCAGCCAUAAACAAUGUGUCAUCAAUACCGUCUUCGUCCUCUUCUUUUUGUCGACCAAAGCAUGAUGUCUUUCUAAGCUUUAGAGGGGCGGAUACCCGCGCAUUUAUGGGCCAUCUACAUGCUGCAUUAAUUCACCGCGGAAUUUCCACCUUUAGAGAUGACAAAGAUCUUGAGAAAGGAAAGUCCAUUCCCAAAGAACUCGACAAAGCAAUUGAGGGAUCAAAGGUUUGUGUUGUCAUCGUUUCACCAGACUAUGCUUCUUCAAAAUGGUGCUUGAAUGAGCUUUUGAAGAUUCUUGAAUGCGCUUUUGAAGAUUCUUCCUUACCGCAACAUCAUGAAAAAGCCCAUAAUUUGGAGAGCAGAUACAAAAUAAGUAAGUGGAAGGCUAGUUUGCAGAACAAGGAAGACAUCUCUAAUCAUAACAAAAGGAAAAUGGUUAAGCUUAGCCUCACGGUUAAUUAUGAUGGAGAAUGGGCCAGUCCUGUUUACACUGGUGAUAAAACAAAAGAAAUAGUGAUUUCAGAUGACAGUACUCCUGAUGAGCUUCUGGAUCAAAUACAUAGUUUUGUUGGGGUGGAUCCAAAACAAAAUGAGAGCAAUACUGAUGAUAACCAAAGAAUUUUUAUUGGUAAGAGCCUUUCUUCCAGUACGGGCUUCAAGAAUCCACUGCGGAAUGCUUGUGAAAGAAGAAUGAAUGAAGUUCGAGUUUUGGUGAAUUAUGACGGGGAGUGGGUGAAUUCUACAUACGUUGGUGGUCAAACGAAAGGAAUAGUGAUUUCAGAGGAUAUUGCGUAUCAAGGACUAGUGGAGAGAGUGUAUGGUGUUGUCGGAGUUGAUCCACAUGAAUAUAAGCUGAUAUUGAAGACCAGAUAUGAAUCAAAGUUUCCUACUCAACCGGUGGAGAUAAUCAAUGAUGAUGACCUUGCAUUCUUCAUCAAAGAGAACCUUUCACGGGAUAUAAGCUCCCGAAUUCCUUUGUGCACGACUCUUGAACGACGGUCAUUUCCUUAUGGAAGGGUGGAGUCAUCAGAGAACAGCAAUACGGCACAUAUUAACAGAUUUGGGACCUAUCACAGUUACUUUCAUGGUUGGACACCUGAUCCAGUGCCUUAUCUGCAGCAGCCUUUCUACCAGCAGCAACAACCGUCUUACCAACAAACGUGGACAUGGCAGCCUUACUACAAACCUUCCUAUCAGCAGCUGCAAUGGGGAUACCAACAGCCCCAUCAUUCCUACAUGCCGCCACAAUCUUCAUGCCAACAGCCCCCCGAAAUCUUCUGGCAUCACUAUCAGCCCCAUACGUACCCACCAACAUCUUACCAGUAGUGGCUACAUCUUCUUACUUGUCGAAUGGUUUUAGUGCGACUCCAAGCUUGAUUGUCAAAGCAUGCUCGUAGGCCAAAUGUGGGAUUUGAUAUCUGCUCACCUUCUUAGUCUAUUGAAACAAGCUGCUCCUGCUGGUUUGUACGCAACACUUCUGACCCAGCUUUCAGCUGAUGUCAACUUAGAGAUCUGGGUGUGACCGAUGAUAAGGUCCUUUCAGUUCAAACUCAGGUCAGAUAAUCAUUAUAACAUGUGCCCUAUCUGCAGCAACAGGCCUCCUACCCGCACCUAAAUCCUUGUAGCCAGUGAACAGAGUUGCAGACUCACCACAAGAACUAUCAACCUUUCUACCAGCAGUUGCAACCUUCCCACGGUCAGCAGCCACAUACUUCCAACAGAGUCAUUGUGAAAAUUUUUUGAACAGAUAUUGGUGCCCAGCUAGCUUUUGUCUGAAGUUGACUCAACAAUUACUGGACUGUGGAUUACUGGAUUUGCAUCGUACCAACAUACAAGAAAUACUGACUAUAACUACAACGAGUAUAUAUAACACAGCAUACACCAUCCAGCUCAAGUUCAUGAUUGAUUACAUCCAUAUCAAAUUCCAGCUUUCCAAUGAAAAUGUACUGGAUCACACAGUACAAAUGCAAUCUAAGCUUCAGAAACCACGAUUUCUCACUGAUACAAUUUUGCAUUACAUUUUUUUCUAUUAGGAUUUUCUUUUGUUGACUUUUUAAAUGUUCUUUCCCCGACUGUUUUCUUUCUUUUACAGGCAUUUAUGGUUACUCAGACAAACCUUAUUCAAAGACGGGAACGGAUGAAGAUCUUUUUCCGAUUGUUCUCAGGAAGAUCUGCUCCAUGAAUGCUUCUGUCUGGCAUCUUUUUUGGGUGAUCUGAUCUCUCUACAUGUUUGGCUGAUAUCUGAUGUUGUUGCUUUACGAUAUUCAUGUCUUCCUGCAUCUUCUCCAUUUUUGCUUGCAUCUCCUCCAUCCCUAACUUAACAUCUUGUGGUUUCUUCUUGUCAUCCAGACAAGUUGAAAGGGUUUGAUCCUUUAAUCGUUCCUGCACAUUUUCAUACACUUGCUUCCUACCUGCAGCACAAGAACAAUGAAAAGAACAAAAAUUAAAGAUGAGGAAAGAAAAUGGUGGUGAAUGCAGCAACAGUUUGCCCAAGUUGAAAAUAUAUAGUAGUAGUCAGUUCUGUGAAUUAAGGGCCCUGCAAAGUAAGAUAGUUCUGAUCAGCAAAGAUGAAUAUGAACUCAAGCAUAUUUCCAAGUCAAUGUUACUCUAUAGCACAACACUGAAAGCUGGGAAAUACAGAAUUACAGAUCAAACAUGUAAUUCAUCCCAUCAGCAUGGGAUGGAUGCAUUACAAGCUGAGCUUCAGAGCAGUCUGUCAAAUUUGCAACUAUUGCAAAGAGCAAUAGAGAAAUGUGUGUGGAUGGGUUCCGAAGAUGAUGACUAUCACUGAGACCAUAAGAUAGGCAAAGAUCCUUAAAAGAUUGAAAAGAUUUAAAUAUUUCUGUUCAACAGUCGAGAAAUCAUGGGCAAUGUCAGACCUUGUACCAAAUUAAA